GCAGAGACGGAGGGAGAGGAGAUGGCGGUGUCUGGCGAUGGAGGUGGUAUUGCAACAUUGAGCAGGGUGCUGGCAAUGGGCUGGGCUGGUACGUCGGUGGCCACGUUGGGCGCAGCAGGCGGUGCCUUGCCGAGAGGAGGAGGUGACGGCAGCGAUACCAUUGGCCAGCGGCCCCCUCUCGCCCAUGCCGGCCCGCCAAGGCUCCACCAAUCCCAGCAAGCCACGGAGGUCCAAUCGUAUGCGGAGAACCGUCGACACCAUGCCUUGGACCAACCGGAUCACCGCAGAACCGAGGUCUUCGAGGCAGAUGACCAAUCGGUGAUCGACCUCCUGUACUGGGAGGAUGUGAAGAAGACGGGCACUCUGUUCGGUGCCAUCAUCCUCACCCUCUUCUCCCUGACCCAGUUCAGCAGCAUCAGUGUGCUGGCCUACCUAGCCCUCUCCGCCCUCUCCCUCACCAUCAGCCUCCGUCUCUACACCUCCGUGCUGCACCUGCUCUACAAAACACAGGAGGUCCAUCCAUUCCAGAGCUACCUUGAUUUGGACAUCUGCUUCUCGCAGGAGCAGUUGCGGAAGUACUCGGAGGCGACGGUUCUUUACCUCACCAGCUCGGUGGACCACCUCCGCCGGCUCAUCCUGGUCGAGGACCUGCUCGAUUCACUCAAGUUCGGAGUGCUGCUGUGGCUGCUGACGUACAUCGGGGCCCUGUUCAAUGGACUGACCGUCACCAUUCUGGUGGUGGUCGGAGUCUUCAUCGUUCCCCUAAUCUACAGGAAGCACAAGGCUCAGAUUAACCAAUACCUCGGACUCCUGAGAGGACAGAUCAAGGACCUGACAGCUAAAAUCCAGGCCAAGCUCCCGGGAUCGAGACCCAAGGCGGAAUAGCGACGGAAGAACAAGAACCCCAAGAUCCAACUCCGGGAGCCAGUUACAUUCACCCACAGUUGUUCAGUGAUAGUCUUAACCUUGCCAGCUGUCUAACGCACCAGCGCUGGGAACCACGCACGCACACACACACACACACACACACUCACACACACACACACUCAAACCCACCCCCGUCUCCAAGCAAUGAAGAUCUGCCCCCCCGUUCAGAUGAAGUAAACCUGGUUUAAUGUGGAUUCGGGCCCAAGUCACCCUUUAAGAAAGAACUGCACAGAUGCUGGAACAGUCGAAGGUAGACAAAAAUGCUGGAGAAACAGCGGGUGAGGCAGCAUCGAUCAAUGCUGCCUCACCCGCUGAGUUUCUCCAGCAUUUUUGUCUACCCUCAAGAAGCAAGCUGGCCACAACUCCACAUCCAUACCACGUGACCUUGUGUGAUCCCGGGGGUUUGGGAGGGGGGAGGUGGAGUUGGGAAUGCCAUUGAUCUCGGCAGGGUCAGGAUUUUGACUGGGUUUUGGGAAUGGGGAUGGGAGGGGGUGGGAAACAGGGGAAUUGUUGGGUGGGGGGCUUUCAAUGGAGCGGGAGGGGGAUUGAGAGAGGUGGGGCAGGUGGGGUACAGGAUACGGGGCAUUUUAGGGGGUGGGCAUUGAAGGAGUGGUUUAUUUAGGGGACAGCGAUUUGUCCUUGGGCAGGGUUAACGGAGUGGGUUCGGGUCACCAUUGGGUUAAUAUGGGUCUGGGAUACAGGACCUUGUGGGUGAGAUGGCAAUGGGCCGAGGGAAUUGAGGGUUAGGAGAUACAUUGGGAAGGGUUUAGUUUCAGCUCAGGGUGGGAUUUGAUGAAGGGUCUCAAAC